GAAAGCUAAAAAAAAGCGUGCUGCGAGAAUUUUGCGCAAAACACAGAGAAUUUCACAACGAGAAAAGACCACUAUCGUUCGCCGCAAUGAGAAAAGAAUUCAAAUAAAAGAAAGAAAUUAAUAGAAAAAAAAAACAAGCAACAAAAAACUAAACUCGGUGAAAAUUCCACUUCUAUUUGUUAUUAAUUUUUAUUUAUCAACAAAAAUCAACUAAGACGUGCUUUGCAAUUUGCAUUGACUAAAUAAAGAAAAACAAAAGGCGACUUCUUUUUAGUUGAAUUGAAAGAAAAAAAAAUGUCCGACGAAGAAUACCAAUCCUCGUCAACUGAAGAAGAUUUUUCAGCUAGCGAAGAUGAAUGGAAACCAGGAAAAUCAUCCUCAAAUCGUCGUCGUCAAGCUUCCGAUGAAUCCGAUGACGAUGACAGUGAUUUUGAAGAUGAUACUCCCAAUGCCAAAAGAAGGGAAGCAAAAUCAUCAUCAUCCAAAACUGAUGCUUCCACAAAGCAAUCCAAAAAACGCAAAUCAACUGGCACGUCUUUGAGGACAAAACUCUUCAACAAAUACAAACCUCCGCCAAAGACAGUCCAACGAUCCAGCACCAAUCAAUCAAAUCAGGGCGAGCAAAAACAAAAACAAAACAUUGCGCAAGGUGAAAAGAAGGCAACACGCGUUGUCACAAACAAAAGGGCUGUCCUUAGUGAUUCAGAAAGCAGUGGCGAUGAUUAUCUCGUUAAUCCCGAUGAAAUCGACCUAAAGUCGAGUUUUUUCGAUGUCAAACCAUCGACAUCGUCAAAUGAAAAGAAUGCCAACAAUGUUGCUAUGGAAACGGAAGAUGUACCAAAAUUUGAUUGCAAUGCUGGCAUGCAAUUGUCUGAUUCGGAAGAAAAUGAAGAUGAUGAUGAUGAUGAAACUGAGUCUAGCAAAGAUAUAACAAUUACAAAUUCUCUUAAAGCAACAACUGCAACUGCUGCAACAAAGCCAGUUGAUCUGGGUUAUUUGCAAGACUUUGCCAAGAAUAUGGAAAAGGCAAAAGUUCAAUAUAAAAAGCACAAAGAACGUAGCCUUUUGCAAGAUCAAGCAAAAGUGGAUGAUGUCUCGUCAUUGUUAGCAAUGGGCGAAGGUACAUCAACUGCCGCUUCAGCUUCCACAACAUCAACAAAGAAAACAAAGAAUCCCAAAAGGCAACCCAAGAAAACACAGGCUAGCCAACAAAUGGCAGAUACUGAUUCUGAUUUGGAAGAAGUUGAAGAAGAUGAAAACUUUGAUAUUCCAAAUGCUCUUGUUGACGGCAUUCAAGUUUGUGUCGAUCUCCCACAAAGACAGCGUAAAGAUAAGAAAGCGGUUGAUGCCGAAGCUUGUCUAAAGCGACAACUGAACCGUGUAAUAAAAGAAAAUCAAGUUCUAUUGCAUAAAGUUGGUCUUCUCUGUCAGAUCUAUCAUGGAUUGUAUCUAAAUAAAAUAGCCAACAACAUCUACCUCAUGCCAAUAGCUUUGAAAAUGUUACCCAGCAAUAAUGUCUAUCCAAGUGGUCAAACGGAAAUUAAAUAUUUUCAAUCCAUGGUCACAUGGUUCAAAUCGGCUGUAAAAAUCCGUGAUGACCGUAAAUAUCCACAGCUUAAAGUCGAUCCAUUAAUAUCUCUGGGAGUUCAAAUGAAACAUCGUCAUGCAGUUUGUAAAAGAGAUUUUUUAUUAAUGUUUGUAAUUUUAUUGCGAGCCAUGGGAAUGCAAUGCCGAUUGGUUUGUAAUCUAGUUCCACUGCCACUUAAACCACCACAAAGUGCAUUGUGUUCAUUAAAAAUGAAUUCAUCCACUGAGGAAAAAAAGUCGAAUAAGAAGAAACCCGUUGUUGAAAAGGACAACAAAGUUUUGAAAAAGGAACCACUUAAAAGUCCAUCAAUAACACCAGAGGCCCGAGAAGAACUCCGUAGAAAGGUUGAAUCUCUGGAGAAUGAGAUAAAGGAAAAGAAAAAAGAAAAAAUGAAGCCUAAGUUAUCGUUCGACGAAGAACUUGAAGCACAAACAGCUGUUAAAUCAACAAGACCAACUAGAACUGCUCAUAAGCCUAAAGAGUCGAAAACAGAAGAUCUUAAGAGAAAGUCUCAUGAUACAUCAAAUGAGCCAGAGACAAAAAGAAAAACAAAAGAACCUCCUGUAAAAUCUGGAUAUUUUUCAGAGUCAAGCGUUGUGAAAAAUGAAGACAAUAAUGUUGUUGGUUUUAUAGACAAUCAUUCAAAAUCUUUUGAUGAUCAAAAACCUAGUAUUUCAGUAAAUUCAAAACCAACUGCCAAGCAAGUUGCAAAGCCACAACCUCCAAAAGCUUCCACAUCUCGAAGCACAAGAAAAGCAAAAGCCACAGAAACCAAGAUCAAUGAUAAACCCACUUCCAUUCCAGACAUUGUUGUCGCAGAUGAAAAACUAAAUUUAGAAAACAUCACAAAUAAGCGAAAUGACCCCACUCGUGUUACACGAAGUCGAAGUAAGAGUCCGAAAGCAUAUAUUUCGCCAUAUUUCUUACAAACAAAAACUGGUAAAACUCUUCAACCGGAUGCCGGUGAAAGCGAUGUCAAACGAAGUCGUAGUAAGAGUCAUAGUCCGUCAAAUUCUGCCGUUAAGAGCCACAUUUCAACGGAGUUUCUCAAAACUAAACCAAAAGCAAAAGUUCAAAAGGUUCAAAAUACAGAAGUAACACAACCAUCACCAAGAAAAACUCGAGCCAGAGCCAAGCUUACUAUUCCCCAAUUAGAUGGUGGUGAUGAUAUACCAAAGUCUCGGAGCCGUAAGAAACCGAUCAAAAAACCAAGUAACUCUGAUGAUGACUUUCAAGUUCCACCACCAUCGAAAAAAUCCAAAGCUGUUGAUAGAGUCAAACAGAUCGAUCGGAGAGUACUCUCGCCCCAUAUAAGUGGGGAUGAUGAAGAGAAUGAAUCGCCGAGUAAGGCUAAAAAUAAUGCCAUAAACAUGUGGGUUGAGGUUUAUUGUGAAUUGGAAGCUCAGUGGGUGUGUAUUGAUUUGUUUAAAGGAAAAGUCAAUUGUGUGGAUACCAUUCGGAAAUCUAUGGCAUCUUCUAAUUUAGCAUAUGUCUUUGCCUAUAAUAACGAUGCAACUCUUAAAGAUGUCACACCGAGGUAUUGCACUCAAUGGGCGGCAGUAUUAAGGAAGGGUCGCGUUGAGCAAUCGUGGCUUGAUGAAGCUAUUCAAACCUAUAAGUCAACAGGUCGCACACAAAGGGAUCUGACUGAAGAUAUGGAUUUGCGUAGAAUUCAUUUGGAUAAGCCAAUGCCAACAACUAUAUCAGAAUACAAAGAUCAUCCGUUGUAUGCACUGGAAAGGCAUUUGCUUAAGUUUCAAGUUCUAUAUCCUCCUAACGCUUUGACGUUAGGAUUUGUUCGCGGUGAACCAGUCUAUGCCAGAGAAUGUGUUCAUACGUGUCAUUCAAGGGAAAUAUGGCUCAAAGAGGCAAGAGUUGUUAAGCUGGGCGAGGAGCCUUAUAAAAUUGUUAAAGCUCGUCCAAAAUGGGAUAGGCUAACAAACUCAGUCAUCAAAGAUCAACCUUUAGAAAUAUUUGGUUAUUGGCAAACUGAGGAGUAUGAUCCACCAACAGCUGAAAAUGGUAUUGUUCCCAGAAAUGCCUAUGGCAAUGUGGAACUCUUCAAAGAAUGCAUGUUACCCAAAAAGACCGUUCAUUUACACUUGCCUGGUUUAAAUAGAGUUUGUAAGAAACUCGGCAUCGAUUGUGCUUCAGCGGUAAUUGGAUUUGACUUCCAUCAAGGUUCUUGUCAUCCGCUCUAUGAUGGUUUUGUUGUUUGUGAAGAAUUCGCUGAUACUGUUGUAGAUGCAUGGAAUAAAGAACAAGAGGAAGCAGAACGUAAAGAACAAGAUAAAUAUGAAGCUCGUGUCUAUGGCAAUUGGAAGAAACUUAUCAAAGGCCUAUUAAUUCGUGAACGUCUUAAGCUGAAGUACAAUUUUUAAAGAAAAACAAAAUUGCCAGCUGUGUCUGUCCAUGUCCAAAAAGAUGUAAUGUUUGUUUUUGUAUUUAUCUUUUG